UGAGCAUGUCACGUGAUUGCAUUUCUUGGCUCUAAGGAAAUUGUCGUCUGCUGAGUAAGUUCUUCUAGAUGCAGGAUAUUGCGGUAACUUAGUUGUUUGAUAUAAGUACUCAAAGAUAAUCAUAAUGGCUGGUAAAGAUCUAAUAACAGUUACCGUCUGUGGUGGCGGAAAUGCUGCCCAUGUCAUGGCGGGUCUAGUCGCAUCUCGGAAGAACACUGAUUUACGAAUAUUGGCUUUAGAAGAUGAUGACGCUGAACAAUGGACAAAAUCUGUGAAAGAGUCGGAUUUUAUACUUAGUGCAUAUGAUGCUGAUAUGGAGAUGAAAGAUACUGCUGUCAAGUUGAAACUUAUAACAAAAGACCCAGCUAAAGCUAUUCCCAAAGCCGAGCUGGUAAUAUUGACAGUCCCAAUGGAUUUACACGAAACUUACCUUGAAGCUAUUGCUCCUCACGUUAGUGCCAACAUGACCAUAGUUGGUAUCCCUGGACAAUUAGGUUUCGAAUUUCAAUGCUUAAGCAUCUUGAAGACAAAGGCCAAACGAAUGAAUAUCAUUAAUAUGCCAGGACAUCCAUGGGCGGGGAGGAUUGUAGAAUUCGGGAAAUCUGUAAAAAUUCUUAGCAAAGAAGAAUCUAUGGUAAUGUCUGUAACAAGAGGUAGUGGCAAAACGGACAAAGAUCCGGUACAAACAUUACAAUAUCUUUUUGGACAACUGCCAGAGCUUGUUUUAUAUAAUAGCUUUUUAGAACAAAUUUUAAGUACCAAGUCGAUUCUUAACCCACCCAUUAUGAUGGCGGCUUGGAAAAAUUGGGAUGGAAAACCCUUCACAAAGAAGCCUCUAUUUUACCAGGAGGUGACUGACGAAGCUGUGAAGUUUAUUUCGGACUGUAGUGAUGAAGCGGUGCUUACGGCAGCUGAAAUCACAAAACAGAAGUCGUCAGUUGCUCUGUCCAAUGUUGUUCAUAUUUUUGAGAGUCUAAAGGAAGAAUAUAAAUAUAACAUUGAGGAUAACAGCAGUCUAAUCCAGGCUAUUAAAACUAACACGGCUUUUAGCAGUUAUCGUCAUCCAGUACAAGAGGUAGAUGAUGGUAAAUACGAGCCCGAUUUCAACCAUAGAUAUAUAAAUGAGGACGUACCUUGUGGUCUAGUUAUCGUCAAGGGUGUCGCUCAGCUGGCAAAAGUGAAAACACCAGCUUUAGAUAAAGUUAUUAAAUGGUGCCAAGAGAAAAUGGGUAAAGAAUACGUAGUCGGAAACAAACUUGAAGGAAAAGACGUCAGUUCUACGCGAGCCCCGCAAAGAUACGGCUUUAAGACUCUUGAGGAUCUUAUUGAAAUGCUAUAGUGUUGCUUGUAUCUCGUACAAAUUUGUACUCAUGAAUUCAGGCAGAUAACUAUUUUGUGUAAAAUGAAAUACGGUUCUUUUCUUAUCAAUUUUGCCCAGCUUCCAACAUUGCAAUGUGUCAUUGACCUUUGCGGGUUUAUAAUCAAAAUGUGUUAUAAUUACACUUUAUGCACUAUUGGUACUUUGCAAUUCAUAUUCAAUUGAAAAAAAAUUAGAUGGUAACGUGCUUUCGACAAAUUUAAAAUACACUAUCGUUCAUACAUUAUGACUUCUUGUAUGGCUUUUAGAAAGAAUGGAAAAAUCGGAUCAGAAAUCUUAUUAAUUUUGAUGUUUAAACUAGAGUUUCCCUCUCGCUAAUGCUGGGUUCCCGUCGUGCGAUGCGUUACGACAGGAUUGUCCCUAUCGAGUCCGCGAUCUGGUACGUACAGAUACAUUCGGAUACGUUUCGAUACGAUCAACAAGAUUGCUACGACAGACCUCAAUAUAUGAUAAGACCUGGUAGAAUCACCACGAUUAAAACCACGAUUUCAAUCGUAGAGCGAAUCGUGAUAGUGGGAACCUAGGAAAAUAAUUCACUGGGAAAGGCCCUCUCUGUAUGCCCUUAAAUGAGAUAUAUGGCUUCACAUGCAUGUUAAUUAACGAUAGGGAAUUGAAAUGGGCACGUUUUCACAUAAUAUACUCUUCAAAAAAAGUAGGGGAUAUUGAAAUGCAAAUACCUAUGCAGAUUGUGAUAUGAUAAAUAGUCAUGGACACUUGAAAUGCUUUGAGAGUAUGUUGACAGAUGAAAAACUUAUCGCCCAAACAGAACCACUGAGCUACACAUGCGACACACAAUAGCGCCAUACCCGUGGGAGGAGAUCAUUGUCAAAUUUGACACUUGAAGGAAGGGUUGAUGAAAACUGCCGUGUGCUGGUUUAUCAUAUCCAUGUUUGCUUUCCUAUCGGUUCUUGCAUAAGAUUUACUGUUUAUUGUAACUUUGCUUUAGUGUGUUACGUUUAAUUUGAUCGGGAGACGUGUUCGUCGACGUCAACGUCAACCGACAAUACUGCAAGAAUUGGCCGUGGCACUGCAAGAGGAGUGGGUCAGACUGACCCAAAUCCUGAUUGGACGGUUGAUUAGGAGCAUGCCACGACGAAUUGCUGAAUGUCUGAGGAUUGGUGGAGCGAUUACUCAUUAUUAAGACAAAAAUCAAAAACGUCCAUUUUCACUUUUGACAGUGUAUCUCUUUGCGAGUGAAAUGGGGCCCGUCAGAUAAGCCAACAAAUAUGAACUGUUUAUGUUCAUGUGUAGGCAAUUGGCCUGUUAUUAACAUACACUGGUUACCUCUAAUAAAAACAUCAGUGCAUUUCCGCAGUUUUGUAUUGUUUCUGAAUAUCCCCUACUGUUUUAAAGAGUAUAUAUAUGGUCACAUUCGAAGUGUCCAGCUUUGGUUAAGCUGAGAAGGAUCAAUAAGGAAGCCGAAUUGUCAGUAUGUAUAGAAUUAUGUAAAGAUACAGCAUACAAUGUCUGUUGACAUGAAACACUUCUAAAUCUUUUAAUUGUUUUCAAUUGACUCAUUCACUACUUCGGAUACCUUUGCCAUUUUCAAACGCAUUUAAAUUUGACCAUAUCUAUGCAUCUCCAUGUCUUUGGAAGACCUGGCGCUUGCAUUCUUGUACUGAAAGAAACGUAUUCUAUUUUAGGUCCAAUUAACAACUUCUCUAUUAGCAACAAAAUAUCUAGAAUGCAUUUCAUCAAAUUCGUAAGAAAGAAAAUUCUGGAUAAAAUUCAGAUCCUUUCGGAGGCUCUUAAUAUAGGUAGCCUUAACUAAAUAAAUAUAAAAGUAAAAAUACAUUUAUAUAAAUGGAUUCACCCUCUUUUUUGGAUACAAGUCAUUUUAUUUGUAAAUGACUAUUGUUUGGAUGAAAUUAAUUUAAAGCUUCCCUUUACUUCUAAAUUUUCUUCUUUUUUUUUGGGGGGGGGGGGGAUUUUAAAGCACACUAUAGUUGCAUGUACAAAGUCAAAAACUUUGAAGUAUUGGAACAUUAAAUGUACUUGAAUAAUUAUCGCACCGUUCACUUUUACAUGACAUCAACAGUGCUGUAAAAGUGGCAAUCAAUGUAUAUCAGGUGAUAAUAAUUGUAUCAUAGCUAGCAUAUAAAUGGGGUUCGGAAGUGGUAUUUCCCGACAAUAAACCGAAUAUGCACGGUUGUAAUGGGAUUUAGUGGAGGAAACAACAAAACAAAUUCACUAGAACUAAAUUCCAAAUGGGACUAAUCCUUGUAUAACCAUGGUAUGGUAUACCAAUAAGAUACCAUGUAACAUGACACAUUUUUAAUAUCAAUAGAUUUUACAUAUAUCGGACUAUGGUCUCGGAUGUAUCAAACCGGCCCGAAUAGGAGAAUGAACUAUACUAUUAAAAUCAUCAAUGAUAACAUUGCACAUUUGCCAAAAGAAUGAUAUAAUAUUUUUCGUUUUACAAUUUUUAUUCAUAACAUUAAUUGUAGGUAAAGUAUAUAACAGAAAUCUGAUUAAAAUACAGAUUUAUAUUUCGUUUCGUUUUUUUAUACUUUCGAUGGCCUACACUACACGAAGUUCUGACCAGUUGUACUGGAAGGUCGCGCCAGGAGCCGUACGGGCGGCUUUUGGCCCUAUGACGCCAAACAUUGAUUAAUCAAUCAACGUUGGCGUUUCUAGUGGUUUACACAGUUCCGUGCAUCGCACGCCUAGAAGUCGCCGUAACAGAUGGUUUCAUUGGCUAAUCCCUCACGCCAACCAGAACGUAUCUUAUAUAACAACUCUUCCAGAUCCUAGUGUAGUACAGACAAAUAAAACGAAAUUUUGAAAUAUAAAAAACGAAACGAAAUAGGAUCUGUGUUUUAAUCAGAUUGAUAUAACAGCUAAUGCUCAAUAUAUUAUUCAUAAAAUUUGUUUAUAUGUUAUACAGAUAUUAUAUUUAUGAUUGAUAUUGUUUAUUAUAUAUUGCAUGUGACAUAUUAUAAGGAUUUGAAAUACUUUUCUGGUUACUUCCGUUAAAUUAAAUAAAAGCUUGUUUUGUUAUCUUUAAAA